AUGGGUUUCGGUUUCAUAACGUUCGAUAACGAUGAUGUCAGUGAUAAAGUGUGUGAAAUUCAUUUCCAUGAAAUCAACGGUAAAAUGGUGGAAUGCAAAAAAGCUCAACCGAAAGAGGUAAUGCUACCGGUACAGUUGAAUAAGACACGGGCCGCUGCAGCACGUAAUCUCUAUGGUCUUGGUCCUGAACAGUUGCUUGGUGUGUUUCAUUCGUUCGAGAAUUUGUAUUCUUAG